AUGGUUGAAGCUGAGAAUGAGGCCAAGGCCAGGGCUAAGGCCAGUACUGAGGCUGAAGUCAAGGCCAGGGUUGAAGCUGAGAAUGAGGCCAAGGCCAAGGCUGAAGCUAAAGCUAAAGCUGAAGAUGAUGCUAAAGCUAGGAUCAGAGCUAGGCUUCUGCCUGGGUCCAAUGCUGUGCCAGAGGCCUGGGCUGAGGCUAAACCAGAGACCGGGACUGAGGCUAAGACUGGGGCCAGGGCUCGGAGAAAAGCGAAGCUUCUGCCUGGGUCCAAUGCUGUGCCGGAGGCCUGGAUUGAGGCUGAGGCUAAGACUGGGGCUAGGGCUCGGGCUAGGAGAAGAGCUAAGCUCAGUGCUGUGCCAGAGGCCUGGUCUGAGCCCUAUGCUGUGCCAGAGGCAUGGACUCUGCCCAAUGCUGUGCCAGAGGCCUGGACUGCGCCCAAUGCUGUGCCAGAGGCCAGGACUGCGCCCAAUGCUGUGCCAGAGGCCUGGACUGAGAUUAAGCCAAAGGCCAAAACGGACGCCCGAAAGUCACCGGCGGGCAGCUCCAGUGCCGAACCUCCCGAUGAGCCUCACGCCAACGCAGGGAAGGCAGACGUCUCCCGCAACAAGGGCCCCACGACCUGUGCCAGGCUCUUCAGGAAAAUGUGCUGGAAAUGGAGAGCCGAGAAGGUCCAGCGGGAGCGCCCUUUUCUAACACUAACCGAGAUCAACUUCUCCCUCGAUUGCCAUCAGCACCAGCAGCAGCAGCAGAGGACUAGCAAGGCGUCCACUGCAGAGACCCUUUGCAUGAGCAUGAAGAAAUGUUUUACAAAACGGAUUCAGAAAAUAUUUAAGAAGUCAGGAGGGAAUCCAGAAACUAAAAGCCAGAAGUACAUCAAAAAAACAAAGGAGAAGAAACCCGCGGCCCGCAAACCCGUCGAACACCAAAAUCCUGCAGGCGGCUUCGGAGCCAGAAAAAUGGGUUUGGCUUUUAAAAACCACGCCCACCCCAAGAUGCGUUUAUAGGAUUUCUGCGUCCUCCUCUUCCUCCUCCUCCUCUUCCUCACCCUCUUCUAUUCCAGUAGACUCCUAUCUGUAUGAUCUGCUCUGUCUUUUCAACUGAGCUUCUGAUUUCACAGUCGCAGAAGAGGACUUCCGUUGAGUUUCGUUCCUGUUUCAGGGGAUGUAGGCUGACCUACUUUUGGCUGAUUGGAUUGGUACCACCCAGCUGCUCAACCGCAAAAAAGAUGAAGUCGGGGGUCCCCGAGUGGCUCACCUGGCAAAGGCACGACCGCCUGGUGUGAAGGGCGAGUCAUACAGUCAGGGGGAGCGCUGGUUCGCUCCCUGGCUGUGUGAAGUCACAGGUCUUCGCUGGGGAUUCCACAGGGAGCGUCGCAUUGGCUCUGAUGCUCCCGUGGGUUAGGGAGGCAAAACCGGUAGGGACUGUUUCUCCU